AUGGAUGGCUCAAGGUGUUUUCUCCCAGUUUGUCAUGGGGGUGGUGAGGAGAAGAGAUUCACCGAGAGAGGCAUCCACAAACUAAUCUCGUGUGCUCAUUCCCGUGGAGAUGUGGAUACAAAGGCUAAGCUGCAGGACAUCAUCGAUGUUGAUGGUAAUGCCGCGAGCAUAGUUUGCCACAAAGGUUGCUACUGUACUUAUACAUCGAAAGAAAAAAUUAACCGAGUUAAAAACUCGCUAAAACGAAAGGCUGAAGGAGAAUGUGUUAGGGUGGCUACAAGGUCAUUUCAAGCUCAAGCAGAUGAUAAUGGUGCAUUUUGCUACAAACGCGAUUGCAUAUUCUGUGGUGAUGAAUGUUUACCAAAAGAUGAUAAACACCCAGAUAGAUGGGACCGUUUUCGUGAAUGCAUGACGCAUGAACGUUAUGAUAAAGAACAUAAUCCACUUCAAUCUAUGAAAGAUGUUAUUCUUGAGGUAGCUGAGCAACGUAAUGACGAUAUAGCUAGAAGGGUCAAGUUACACAUUGGUUUUGUUUCUGACUUACCUUCUGCCGAGUGCAAAUAUCAUGUUCGCUGCUACAACAGUUUUAUGAAAAUUCCCAAAUAUGCCGACUUACCAACUGGAAACGUAGAUGAUAACGCCCUUAAGCAGGUCAUUGAGUUCUUGAACGGAAACAGGUAUAAAAUCUGGAAUAGCGUUGAACUGCAUUGCCUAUACUCUGAUCUAGGAGGCAAACUAUCACGACGCGAGAUGUUUAAAAAGUUGACUGACUGCAUUGAUAAAGAUGUACUUGUUAUUCGGGUAGAUGGGUGUGCUACCCUUGUUGGUUACCGUGAGUCUAUUGCUAAAACUCUCAAGGUAGUCCAGGUGGUUGAAACGGAUGAGAAAAGCAGUGAUUCUCUAUUGAGGAAAAUCAAGCGUGAGGCACGAUCAGUCAAGUAUAACAGCGCUAAUUACGACUUAUCUGAGUUUACACGAGCUAACACAAUCAAGGCAACCAGUCCCACUUUGUUGACAUUGAUUUCGGAUUUAGUUUCUGGUGGUGAAGUUACCAAGAAAUCGCUCAGUCUGAGCCAGUCAAUUCAAAGUCACAUUACAGGUACAAGAAAUCAAACAACACUAGGAUUGGGCGUAAAACUUCAGCAUCGGUAUGGCAGUUCCGAACUCAUUAAGCUACUUCAUGAGCAUGGAUUCAUAUCCACUUACGAUGAGGUGCUAAGAUUUCGGAAAUCAGCUGCUCGUUUUCUCGGAGACAACGCACCGAUUCUCCAUCAGUUCAUGGGGCUAAGUAGAUCUGUUGGCAUUAUCUUUGCAUGGUUUGACAACCUUGAUCUCCAGGUGUUUACGCCCAACGGUCGACGCAGUACUCAUGUCCUUUCGCAUGAAUUCCAGCAACCGCAUCCUGCAGGUAUUCUAGAGUAUGGCCGUGCAAAGCCAGGGGAAAGCAAUCUCAUUAUCCCCAGACUUUCUAAGAAGGCCGCACAGUCUAGGAAUAGCAAUAGUUCAUCGGGCAGCCUUUCUUUACAGCACUACACCGGAAAGGUCAAGGUCAAUCCCCCCACUGUCCAAGUUACAUCUGGUAUUUCCUGUGAAGAAAUACGUGCACGACAGACAAGUCUUGUUACUGCACAAGAGAAGGAUAUUAAGUGGCUUAACACACUUAACACACAGAGUGAAGCGAUGGAGUGGAGCGGGUUCAACAAUCUCGAGUCACGCAAUCAUGAAAGUGAGAAGAAACCUGCCAGUACUUACAUGUUUGGACCUCUCAUUGACGCUAAAGCUUCUCAUCCUGACACAGUGCUGACGUCCCUGGAGUACCUCAAGAAGUCAUUGACUGACAUGGGCAUGACAUAUGCCCACAUUUCUGUUGAUUUACAGCUCUACAUCGUGUCCUGCCAAAUCAAAUGGAACGAUGUUGAUCGCUUCAAAAACGUCAUUCUAAGGCCUGGAAUCAUGCAUACUGUUCAGUCCUUCUGUGGUUGCAUUGGGAAGCUCAUGCGUGGAUCGGGAAUUGAGACUCUCAUUAGCUCAGCAUUCGGAGGGCUAACAGGAAUUAUUAAUGGAAAGUCUUGGGUUAGGUCUAUGAGAGCAUACCGGAUGGUUUCAACUUCCAUUCUUCAGAGCUACUUACUCAACAAUGGUCCCACGACAUUUCAAGAUUUGAGUAACUACCUUGAUGUCUGUCGGCAGCACCCAACUGGCAAGUUAUGGAUUGAUAACCUACUCAUUCCAACUAUGCUCAUCCAUCAACUACUUCGUAGUGAAAGAGAGGGAGAUUUUCAUCUGCAGCAGCUAACACUUGAACGUAUGCUCCCCUACUUCUUUGUCGCUGGCCACCACAACUACGCCCGUUACCUCACCCACCACCUCCUUGAAAUGCACUAUUUGCUGCCACCGAUGGCCAAAGCAGAGUUGAUAUCAGGUGCCUUUGUGUGCCGUCAUCAGGAGGGAAUCUGGAAUGGUGUGAGUUCUGACCAGUUUGGCGAGCAAACUGCCAUUAGAAUCGGUAAAGGUGGACUGAAAGGUAUGACCCUUUCUCCAGAGAUGGUUGCUGAAUGGAUCGAUUCGUUUCCCAUCACUGCCUACAUCUCUGAUACCAUGCAGCAUUUAUAUCCUGCUGAUGCAAGUGAAACAAGAAAUGUUCCACGUCACAAGGAGGAAGGACAGAAGCGGAGAGAAAUGGAUGCCGAUGAUCGACGAAGAAUCUCAAUUGAGCUAUCUAAAAUGUCGCAUCCGUUAGAGAAUCAAUCGCCACACCUAUAUAACAUCGCAAACGGUAGCUUUGCUCCCCCAGAGUCCCAGAUCAAUGUUGCAGAAUCAGUCAGCAUUGGCAAAAAGAUGGUUUCGGAGUUCAGGGCAUCUCUUCCCUCUGGAUUUCAUGCUACAAUUUCAAGUCCUCUCAAGACCAUGGAAAACAUAAAGAAAGGUGUGAAAGUGGGCGACAAGACGAUAUUUGACCUGGAAACAAUCUUCCUUAGACUGUUGACCAUUGGACAGCAGCGACAGAUGGAGUUAGCACCCAUCUUUCAGUAUGAGUUGUGCCCCAUACCUCCUUCUCUCAUCGACGAGUAUGGCUGCUUGCGAAAAGGGAGCAAGGCACCACUGGCUCACAAACUCUGUGUACAGACAGCGCGACCAUGUCCACCUGAUCUCACCAUAGUUGAUGUGAGCCAACUACUCUACCGCAUCGUCUGGCCAUGCAGGGGAGAUGCAUCGAUAAUAGUGGAGUCUAUCAAGACCAGAUUAUCAUCUCGUCCAGGCAAGAAAGUCUUAGUAUUUGACAAAUAUCAUGACAUUUCUGCAAAGGACCACGAACGCAUGCGACGUGCUGGCCUCGGCUCCAUCAAUUACGACCUCACCAUCAACACACCACUACCCAAACGAGAUGCCAUCAUGAGAAAUAAGCACAACAAGCUGCAACUCUCAAAAGUACUCAGCACCUACAACUUUGGCAAAGAUGUUACCGUGGAAAGCCGCAGCGAUGGUAUAUUCGCCCAUGAUGAAGCAGAUAUAACAAUGAUUUCCUACCUACUCAUGGCUGUCAAAUCCGGCACGGAAGUUGUCCGCGUUCUCUCAGAUGACACCGAUGUGUUCGUGCUGCUCGUGUACUGGGUAUACCGACACCAAAUCCAAGCAACAGUGCAUAUGGAGCGGUGGGAUGGAACAGUUUGGGACAUUAAUAAGACUUGUGACCAGCUAGGUCCCAAAUGUCUGCAGAUCCUAGGCAUGCACAAUCUAACUGGCUCAGAUACCACGUCAUACCUGUUUGGCAAAGGAAAAGUGUCCGCCCUAAAGAUCUUAAUGGCUGGCGACUUUCCCGAGCUGAAUUCCGCGUUGGGUGAGCUUGAUGCUAGCCAUGAGCAGCUCGUGCAAGUAGGACAAACCUUCUUUUGCGCUCUCUAUGGCCAGAAGCCUGGGACCACAAUGAGUGAGACGAGGUACCGAAUCUACACCAGAAAGUCUGGAAAGCUGCCUAAGCUUAUGUCGCUACCUCCAACUGAACAAAAUCUUUUUCUCCACAUAUUGCGGGCCCAUUUGCAAACAAUCCUCGGCAAAUCAGCAGAUAAGCCGGGUCCUCCUGAACUUGACAUCACGAAGUUUGGAUGGGAGAUUAAGGAUGACAUACCAGUUCCGGCAAUUGCUAAUCAGCUUCCAGGGCCGACCGAACUCAUGGAUGUAGUGCGGUGCAACUGCAAAGCGGUGGGGAAAGCGUGUGCGACCGGAAGUUGCAGCUGUCAUCACAGUAAGAUAUCGUGUACUGUGUACUGUGCAUGUGCUUGUAGCGAUGAAUGCUUUAACCCAUUCAAGAUGGAUGAUGAAGUAGAGUCGAAUGGAGGAGAAGUUGAAGGAUGA